AGCUCGAACAAUGGUGAAAAAUAUCGCAGUGUAUCUUAACAGUCCUAAGAAGUCAGACUUGGGAGGUUGAGGAAGAAAACUUGACACCAGAAGCCUUAGAAGAUACCUCCAAACAUGAAGUGCAUUGUCGGAGUCUUGUUGCUGGGAGCGGUUAUUGGCAUUCAAUCCCACUACCUGUCCUCUAGACAUCACAAUCACCAUGCUUUUAGUGAUCUGGAUCAGGGAGAGGACUACCUGUGGGAUGAUUCCCAUGCCGAAGAACCCCGCAAGUGGACAGGACCUAUCCAUGUUCCUGUGAUUAAGGAUGGAGUUCCCACUGAGACCCCAGAAGUUCGUCAUGCCAAGGCCCAUCUUCUGCAUAAGCUCGCUGAAGCUAAGAGCCAUCCUGAAUAUCAGUCAAAGGAGUACUAUGCUGAUCAGGCUGAAAAGUGGUCUAACAACCAUCAACACACUGAACAUCAUCAAUCCCGCUGGACUGGACCUACUCAUGUUCAAGUUAUUGAACAUGGAGUCCCAACUGAGACCCCUGAAGUACGUCACGCCAAGGCUUAUCUUGAAAAGAAGUUUUCCGAAAGCAAGAAACAUUCAGGAUAUCAGGUUCAUGAGGACAAAUGGCAGCAUCAUGAAGAAGACAAAUGGUCGAAACAUGGUAGCCACCACCAAACUCGUUGGACUGGACCCAUUCACGUUCCCGUGAUUGAACAUGGUGUUCCAACUGAAACUCCCGAGGUUCGUCAUGCCAAGGCUCAACUUCACAAAAAGAUUGCUGAGGCCAAGAGCCACCCCGAUUUCCACCAUGAAGAUCGUGUAGUGUAUCAUCAACAAGCUGUUCAGUCCUGGCAUAAAGAGCCUCAUCAUGACUCCUAUCACGGAGAACACCGUUGGACUGGUCCAGUUCACGUGCCAGUGAUCGAGAAUGGAGUUCCAACUGAGACUCCUGAGGUGAAACACGCUAAGGCUCAUCUGCAUGCCAAACACGCCGAGGCCAGGCUUCAUCCUCACUUCAACGAGGACUGCGACGAAAAAGACUCUUGGCAACAGGGACAUAAGGGUACUCAUCACGAUCACACUGCCAGGUUUGUGGAGGCCAAAAAUGAAGGUCGUUGGUAAAUGAAGAAUCCUCAUCCCAUGGAGCUCACAAAUCUUCAUACUACUGAUCGCGCAAAGCAAAUCCUAAGUUGAUUAUUAAAUGAUCUUUGCAACAUAAAA